AUGUGUGGAAUAUUCUUCUCCGCCAGCACACAACGUCAAACCAGACCUCGAUGUCUAGAUCAUCUCAUAAGAGCUCAAGAUCAGUGUUCGUGUAGUGCCGAGCUUCACGAAAGUGAAAUCGCUCUGAUUUUGUUGGAGCACAUUUCAUCCCAGACACGAUUAUCUUACCAAGACCAGCAGAAAUUAGACAAUCUUCACGAGCUUCAGAAACUUCAAUUGCUACUCAACAAAUACAAAAAUGCCCGAAAUGAAGAUAUGGUUAGCCAGGUUAUGCAACAAAUGUCUGUAUUGGCCGUGGAAGAUACUCCUCCACCUCGUGAUGACCAAGAAGUGAUCCAUUCCAUAAUUCCCGAGAUCCUAGCUAGAGGGCCCGAUUAUGCACAAUAUAGACAACUAAGACUGAGAAAUAUGCUAUUUCAAAUGCUUUCAUCUGUAUUAUCCCUCAGACAACCGUUUGCUACUCAGCCAGUCGUUCAAGAAGACUACAUUCUUCAAUUCAAUGGUGAACUCUACAACGAGGAGUGUUUAGAAACCAAUGACACAACGUUUAUAUCAGACAAGCUCAAUCUGGAACUUCAACUGAGUAAGCUGCGUGAAGAAGCGAUUAUGUCUGUCGUAUGUCUGCUAGAUGGUGAGUUUGCUUUCGUACUCACAGACUUGCUUGAAAACAGGGUUUAUUUCGGCAAAGAUGUUGUCGGAAAAAGAUCUCUUUUGUAUUCCACUCAUGAUCAUGGACUAAUUAUCUCGUCUGUGUAUCAUGGCCGUCAUGAAAAUGUUAUUGAGUGUAAAAGUGACCGCAUUCAUAUCUACGAUCUUGAACACAAGACUUUGUCAUCCAAGCUCUACGCUGAAUUGUGGAAAACACAUACUCAGGACCACCAAUUGUCCCUAUGUCCAAUUAACCUGGAAAUUACAUUUUCAGAGGAGGAUUUGGUGUCUCGUACACAAGUCUUACUGGAAGUUCUACUGCGUGCUACAUUUUUAAGACAAAAUACCAUCCACCCUCUCCAUCCUAGCCGUGAGCAUCUCGAUCUUGGAAUUUUGUUCAGUGGAGGUCUCGAUUGCACAGUGGUAGCAGGGUUAAUAGCCAAAAAUUAUAUUCAGAUGGGAGCAAAUGCUGUGAUAGAUCUUCUUACCGUUGGAUUUGAGAAUCCUCGUACGGGGCUUGGAGCUCGAGAGUCUCCAGACAGAAAGUUAAGUGAAAGGUCGUUUUUCGAACUUGCAAGGGCUUUCCACGGUACGUCUGUUAAAUUCAGAUUGGUGCAGGUGGAUGUUCUGUACUCACAAUGGCUUGCUCACAAGAAUCAUGUCCUUGAUCUCAUAUACCCAUGCACCACUGAGAUGGACUUGUCCAUUGCCAUAGCAUUCUACUUUGCUUGCCGCUCACAGCUGUGUGAAGCAUUGGAAGUGACUGCAGAUCUUUCAAAAAUUGACUGGCAAACCUUCUCCACUGAUAUGGCUAAUCAGGUGUUGAAAAUCGAAAACUACACGUCGGAGGCCAAAGUUUUAUUCUCUGGGCUUGGAGCAGAUGAGCUAUUUGGCGGAUAUUCCCGUCAUGAGAACAUUUUCAACGAUCUAGAUCAAGCAGCAGAGCCACUUGUGAUUCAAGAGAAAUAUCGGGAACUCUCAGCUUCCUUGAUCAGCGAUAUAGAGAUCAUCUACGAAAGAAACCUAGGAAGAGACGACAGGGCAAUGUCAUGUUGGGGAAAAGAGUUACGAUAUCCAUUUCUUGAUAAUGCCGUGAUCAAGUUCGUGGUCAAUCAGAUUGAACCACAGUUCAAGAUUAAGUACGAGUGGACAACAGUCAAGACAAAGAAAGGAGAGAAGACAGUCAAGCAGUUUGUGCGUAAGCAUAUUCUACGGUGCUUGGCUAGAGAUCUAAAUUUGAAUAUGGCAGCAGACGAGAUCAAGCGAGCCAUCCAGUUUGGUGCGAAGAGUGCCAAAUUAGAAGUUGGACAGAGCAAAACGAAAGGAACAGAUCUGUUGGCUAGCAAGUGA